CGCUGGGGUCUCGGCGAUCGCUGCUCCUCCUCCUCCUCCUCUUUCUCCUCCUCCUCCUCCCCCCGCCGCCCUGCUACCGCCGCGGCUCCGGCUGGAGGCGCCGCUGUCAUUCCUGCGCCGGAGGAGCCGGCGCUGCCGGUGCCCGGGGUCGGGGCGCGGGGGAGCCGGGCCCGGGGGACCCAACAGGUAGAGCCGGGGGUGCCCGGCCGCACGCCCCCCGCGUCAUGCAGCUCUUUGUCACCUCUCUCGCCCCCAGGCCAAAAUCCUGAGCAUGAUGGAAGACAAUAAGCAGCUCGCGCUCCGCAUCGAUGGGGCGGUCCAGUCGGCCAGCCAGGAGGUGACCAACCUGCGAGCCGAACUCACGGCCACCAACCGGAGACUGGCGGAACUGAGCGGAGGCGGCGGCCCCGGCCCCGGCCCGGGCCCGGGAGCGGCGGCCAGCGCCUCGGCGGCCGCAGACUCGGCGGCGGCGAACAUGGAGAACCACCAGCACGGCGCGCAAGUGCUCCUGCGGGAAGAAGUGUCCCGGCUCCAGGAGGAAGUCCACCUUCUCCGGCAGAUGAAGGAGAUGCUGGCGAAGGACCUGGAGGAGUCACAGGGCGGCAAGUCCUCCGAGGUCCUCUCGGCCACCGAGCUCAGGGUCCAGCUGGCGCAGAAGGAGCAGGAGCUAGCCAGAGCCAAAGAAGCCCUUCAGGCCAUGAAAGCCGACCGGAAGCGCCUAAAGGGCGAGAAGGCAGACCUGGCCAAGCAGAUGCAGCAGCUGUACGCCACGCUGGAGAGCCGCGAGGAGCAGCUGCGGGACUUCAUCCGGAGCUACGAGCGGCACCGCCAGGAGAGCGAGGACGCGGUCAAGGCCCUGGCUAAGGAGAAGGACCUGCUGGAGCGGGAGAAGUGGGAGCUCCGGCGCCAAGCCAAGGAGGCCACGGACCACGCCACGGCGCUGCGCUCCCAGCUGGACCUCAAAGACAACCGGAUGAAGGAGCUGGAGGCCGAGCUGGCCAUGGCCAAGCAGUCCUUAGCCACGCUGACCAAGGACGUGCCCAAGCGGCAUUCACUCGCCAUGCCGGGCGAGACGGUGCUCAACGGCAACCAGGAGUGGGUGGUGCAGGCGGACCUGCCGCUGACCGCGGCCAUCCGGCAGAGCCAGCAGACUCUCUACCACUCGCACCCCCCGCACCCUGCAGACCGGCAAGCGGUCAGGGUGAGCCCCUGCCACUCCCGGCAGCCCUCUGUCAUCUCCGACGCAUCUGCCGCCGAAGGUGACCGGUCCUCCACGCCAAGCGACAUCAACUCCCCUCGACACCGGACGCACUCCCUCUGCAACGGCGACAGUCCCGGCCCAGUUCAGAAGAACCUGCACAACCCCAUUGUACAGUCACUAGAGGAUCUUGAAGACCAAAAACGGAAAAAGAAGAAAGAGAAGAUGGGAUUUGGCUCCAUCUCCCGCGUCUUCGCCAGAGGGAAGCAGCGGAAGUCCCUCGACCCCGGCCUCUUUGAUGACUCGGACAGCCAGUGCAGCCCCACGAGGCAGAGCCUCAGCCUGUCGGAGGGUGAGGAGCAGAUGGACCGGCUGCAGCAGGUGGAGCUGGUCAGGACCACCCCCAUGUCCCACUGGAAGGCCGGCGCCGUGCAGGCCUGGCUGGAGGUGGUCAUGGCCAUGCCCAUGUACGUCAAGGCCUGUGCGGAGAAUGUGAAGAGUGGGAAGGUGCUGCUGAGCCUGAGUGACGAGGACCUGGAGCUGGGCCUGGGCGUGUGCAGCUCCCUCCACCGGCGCAAGCUGCGGCUGGCCAUCGAGGACUACCGCGACGCCGAGGCGGGCAGGAGCCUGUCCAAAGCCGCUGAUCUGGACCAUCACUGGGUGGCCAAGGCCUGGCUGAAUGACAUCGGACUGUCCCAGUACUCCCAGGCCUUUCAGAACCACCUGGUCGAUGGGCGGAUGCUAAACUCCCUGAUGAAGCGGGACCUGGAGAAGCACCUGAAUGUGUCCAAGAAGUUUCACCAGGUCAGCAUCCUGCUGGGGAUCGAGCUGCUGUACCAAGUGAACUUCAACAGGGAGGCCCUCCAGGAGCGCCGGGCUCGCUGCGAGACACAGAACGUAGACCCCGUGGUCUGGACCAACCAGCGGGUGCUCAAGUGGGUUCGAGAUAUUGACCUGAAGGAGUACGCAGACAACCUGACCAACAGCGGGGUCCAUGGCGCCGUGCUGGUGCUGGAGCCCACGUUCAACGCCGAGGCCAUGGCCGCCGCCCUGGGCAUCCCCAGCGGGAAGCACAUUCUCCGGAGACACCUGGCGGAGGAGAUGAGCACCGUCUUCCACCCGGCCAGCUCCACGGGCGCCCGGGAGGCUGAGCGCUUCGGGACGCCCCCCGGGCGGGCCCCCAGCACCCCCCGGGCGGGGAAGGAGGACCACAGCAAGCCCAAGGCCGGCCGGUUGCCCCUGGGGAAGAUAGGAAGGGGCUUCAGCAGCAAAGACCCCGAUUCCCAUGACGACUACGGCUCUCUUCAGAACGAAGACUGCAGGGAGGACGCCGUGCAGGGCAGGCCGGAGCCGUGCCGCCCGGAAGGCUACAGUGGCCUGGAGGUCACCAACGUGUGA